AUGGCCGAUUGUGUUGUUCACUAUGACUCACUGGACAUAUCUAGUGAUAAACUGAUUCGACCAAGUGCAAAUACAUUUGAAACUUUGCUCGAGUGUAAGAAAAUACGAGAGAGUCUGGGCGGUGAAAAUCAUCACAUUGAUCAAUGCAAUAAAAUUCCAGAGAAUUUGGGAGAAAUUGAGUACUUCUACCAUCGAAAAUGUUUUCAAAAGUUUGUAUAUGCCAAAACGUUAUUGAAACGGAAAACAAGCCAAGACGGCUGUCAAGGUUCCAAUAGCAAGCUUCAAAAAUCAACAAGAAAAACAUCACAAAGACAAAGUGAUGAAGCUACUGGCUCUAGAGGACUGUUCCCGAAUAUAUGUAUGAUUUGUAAGAAGAAGGAGUUAAGGGUUAAAAGU